AUGUCUGGAAGAGGGGAAGUGAAAUCGGAGCCAAUGAAAGUUGUGUUCAUAAACACACAGUACGUUGAAACGGAUGCUCGUAGCUUCAAGACUGUUGUUCAAGAACUCACCGGUAAAGACGCCAUCGUCGCCGCCGGUCCUUUCGACUCUCCUUCCGCUUCCGACGGUCAUCGUCACGGUGAAGGUAGUAAAACCGGUGAAGAUACCAGGCGGCGCUACGGCGGCGAAGGAGGAGGAGUGGGGACGACGACGGAGUUUGAUAGAUUUUUCAAAGAGAUGCCUCCCAUGGAAGAAUUGUAUAAACUAUGGUCAGAAAAUUGA